AAGGCUCUCUUGCUCUAUCCUUCACACACACACACUCUCUCUUUCUAUAUAUAUCAUCGCUUCCCUGCCUCAUACCCUUUCUUCUGUGGUUCUUUUUUUCCUCUUCUUCCUCCGUCUCGUCUUCUCUCUCUGCGGCUCUCCGGAGCCGAUUUACAGAGAUUUCAAGCUUCCCUACUCGAUUUCUUCCCUUCCUUUGCGAAAGAGAGUUCGCAGAGAGAGAGAGAGAGAGAGAGAGAUCUCCAGGGUUUCGUACGAACAGCAGAACAGAUAACUAGGGAAAAAUGGCUGUUUCUAGGGUUUCUUUCGGAGUAGUGGCCAUCGUCGCUCUCAUUUUCGCCGUUGCCUUACCUGCCGUCCAGGCUCAAUCCGUGGCUCCUGCUCCCGCUCCUACAAGCGACGGAACAUCAAUCGAUCAAGGGAUUGCAUACGUGCUGAUGUUGGUGGCGCUAGUGCUGACAUACCUCAUCCACCCAUUGGACGCAUCCUCUUACAAUUUCUUCUGAAUGUGUUGAUCAAUCAUCAAAGAUAAGAGGAUGGAGGGGGUGCUACUCUACUAUACAGAAGAUGGAGAGAGCAAAGUAGGUGGAUGGUGUUGUAAUCAUAAGAAUACAAAUGAUGAUGAUAGUCUCUGGGUGGUUGAUCUGAUGGUGAUGGUUGACAUAUUUCUUUUGGAUUUGGGUUGGUGUAAUGUGCUUGGGGGAGAGUUGAGUUAGUGUUGUUGCCGUGUAGGAGAAAGAUUUCUCUUUCCUUGGUCCCUUCUUCUUUUCUUUUCCAUUCAUGUCUUCUCUUUUGUAUUCACUUUUGUUUGACAUAUUCUUUCUUCAUCUUUUUUUCUGAUUAGCUCUUUUCUUUCUUUUUGUUAAAUUCAGACUAUUUAUUUAAUUUCAUCUGUUGCUUCACUCAUUUCCUGUC